UGAGGGCAGAAUCGUCCCCUUGUUCUCUGUCCCAUCACCGGUGACGUGGACAGAGCUGCUUCCUGGUACCUGUUCGAUACUUGUUGGUGGGAGAUGAGAAACAUUUGCCCCCAAAUCAUUUGUCCCUUGUCUGGGCUGCUAGGGAAGCCCACCCAAGCCUCCACGUCAACCAUGUGAAGUUGAAUGUCAUUGUCCCUGCAGAUGACCUACCCUGAGAUGCCCAUAUGGUUCUGCCAAGACAAGCUCCAGGGUCUCCUAUGAUCGGACCCACUCAGUGUGCCUCCAGCCAUGGACCUCAGCUGUGCUGGGAUCAUAGCUGCUAGUGAUGUUGGGAAAAAAGGCAGAAGAAAAGAUAUUAAAUUUCCUUAUUUCCUACAACCCAGUGACAAGUCCUUGAAACAGGCAGAGUGACAUUCCUUUAGGGAUCCAACUGCCUUGAUGUUAAUACUUUUCUAAGGGCAAGAGGCAAUCCUAGCCCGAGCCCCGCACAUCCCCUCCCCAGGAUCCUGUAAGUCUACUUUAACAUAUAAAAUUUCCUUUAUCUUUAUUUCCCCAGAUAUGUGUUGGCAGUCAUUCCCCAAGCAUAUGGGCCACCAAGGUACAGCUGAAGGGUCUCAUGACUCAGGUUUUAUUUUGCGGUAAUAAAUGACCUUUUUGAAUAAUAUCUCGACCCCUCAAGGCCCUGGAAACCGUGCUUCCAAACUCCUUAGAAACUUACACUCUCCCUAACCCCCUCCCAACUUGAAAGGAUAUAAUGGGAGAUGCCUCAUGACCCCAGCACAGCUCGUUCUGCCCACGGGUCCUGUCCCUGUGCUUUCACAAAACAUUUUGCACCAAAGAGGUCUUAGGAAUUCCUUCUUGGCCAUCGGCUUCAAACCUGACCAUCUCUCCUACAUGACUAGGAUCGUGUCUCAGCCUGUCUGCCCUCACGCUGACCUCCCAUGGGAUUCCAUCAUGUUGAUGUGGCCAAUGAGAAGGAAGUAGCAGGUACCCUAGAUGUCCCUGCACACAGAGAAGCACCAGAAAAUGGACUAUAAAUCCCAUGAAAAUCAAGGGACUGACAUCAUAGUAAAGUUUCUAGGGGGUCCAAUCAUUUGGGGAAACAUCAGCAUAUCCCUUCAAGAUUAUUUCAAGUUCUAAUGAUCUUUAUUCUUCUGUAUCAUUUUCUAUGUCUUCCAAAUUUUAUAUAAUCAGCAUGGAUUAUUUUCAUCAGAAAAAGCCCUUAUUUUUCAAAUCUUCAUGCCUAUUGCUGAUCAGGCAGCCCAAGUCCAGAGCUGGUGAAUCAUUAAAAGGGAGGAGGGGCCUAGUGUUAGGCGGGCAGAGGGGGGUUGCGGAAGGAGGGCAGGAACAGGAAAGAAAAGGGAGGAGCUGAUGUGUUCUGGGUCCCACAGUUAUGGACUCCCUGUGGGGCAGCCAGUCCCCCUCCCAGACCCUGAUGCUCCAGCUAUCCCCUCACCAAGCUUCCAGACUGUGGACAACCCCAGCAUCUCUCACACCCUGGAAAGGACUGUGGGGACAUCUGUCCAGCUGCAGCUGACCUUGUACCCGAAUGUCCGAGAGAUUGAGUGGAGUUGGCAUUCUGAGACUGAGAAAGAAGGGAUCCUGGUGUCCUGGAAACUUAAUACCACUCCUGACUGGUAUGAGCUGGAGGAAAAAUACAGGAGCAGCUUCUCUCUGCCAGGGCCGGCAGUUUUGAGCAUCAGGAAUCUCACCACGGAAAUGAGUGGAUGGUAUACAGCAAGGAUCAAAUUCCACACAGGAAAAUCCCAGAAGGAAGUCUUUAAACUCUGUGUAUAUGAGCCCAUCCCCCACCCCCAGAUUGUGAUUCAUUCAUCAUCCAACCAGGCAGGCUGGUGCAAUGUCAGUCUGGAGUGUGGGACCCCAGGAGCCACAGAGAUCUGGACAGUGACCUGGCUGAGUGAGGGGCUCCCCAGGGAGCUGGAGGAGAGAGAGGCUCUGGGGCCAGCCCCCAGCUCCAGGAAUCUAAGCCUGAGCCUGCCCCUGAGCCAGCUCAAUGGCCCCCUCACCUGUAGGGUCAGCAACCCCGUGGACGAGAAGAAUGCAACCUUAUUCCUGCAGAACAUCUGUCUGUGGAAGGAGCCACAGACAGGAACAAAGGAUGUGAAGAAGGAGGUUAGUAGUUGCUGUGGCUGUCCUGUCCCGCGGCGUCCUCCUGCGCUCCAGGGCCCCCGCGGCGCCUCCCGGCCAUGUCCUUACUCCGCCACCCAGCGUGGAGCCUUACACCGGGGCUGAGUGCUCGCCGUGUACGGGGAG